AGGUGCAGUCAGAUAGAGGAAGAAAAAAAGGAAUCCUUCUCCCCCUACCGCAUCGUUCCGGCCCGGUUGUGGUGUGGCGAAACCCUCCAGCCUUCCGAUGAUGGGCCAACCGUCGGUGUGCCGCCGUAACGUUCGCCGAGGGUCGCAUCGGUUGCAACCGGUGUCGGAUUUGGUGCGAAACCGUCAACCAACGACCGGUUGUUGCGGCCGCUGGGCGCUGCCUGCGAGUCCUUCGCGAUGGGUCUCGAUCGUCAUGGUGAUCGUUUUCGCUAAUCAGCUUACCGACGGUCUGGAGCUGAACGAGACGUUGAUAACGCAACGGCAUCAGCACCACCGCUUCACGAUUGACGAGCUGCUCGAUGGACGCUUCCCGAGGAGCAUCUCCGGUGACAUCGAUAUGGAUCCUUGCAAGUCGAGUGGAUUUAUGGGUGACAUCGCGAUGCCGAAUAUAAAUUACGAAACCGAGUGGCAGCGGCAGCGGAUGAACAAGAGCCUCGAGCAGGACAUCGUCAAGCUGAAGCAGGAGGUCUACCUCGAAGGGCUGCAGGUCGAGGAGGAAGGCAUGACGGACGUGAUACGCAAGAACACGAAACAACGCGCCUCGACGCCGCUGGCCGGCAUGACGGCAUCGACGGGUGGCAUCCGGCCAGGUUCGUCGCACGAGAGUGAAAACUCCAUCACGGACAGCUCAGGCGAACCACCGGUCCGGGCGACCAUCAUCGACAACCGGGACAACAUCAUCGAACGCCGUGAACCACCCUCCGAGGCCACCGGCGAACCCAAGCAGGACGAACCGAAACCCGGUUCGGCUGUGGGCAAAAAGAACGCCACCGGUACCGUGCGGAACAUCGACCACAACCGCAUCCAGUCCGACACAAAGGACAUCGUUAUCGAUUCGAUCAGCGAUAACAUCAUCAGCGGCCAUCAUGCCAGCAGGAAAGCGGCCACUUUUGCGUUACCGGUGAAAACGACGACAACGGCACCGGUGGCGAUGAUGACGACGACGACGACGACGACUUCGACGACGAUGGUGUCCAUCAUUGAAUCCACCACCAGCGAGGAUUCGCUCACCCCAGGUCACACGCAGCUGGAAAACGCUAACGGUGUGCACGUGGGUGGAAAAACCCGUCGACGUCAUCGCCGCCGACGUCGCCAACAGCAACACACGAUGGCCAGUGGCAUCCUUCCGGCCACGGGUAUCGAUUCCGAAGCCCUCGAUGGUCCAGCACCCAGGACAGUCAACAAAAACUCGUACCACUCGCGGUUGGAGCGUUUGCGUGUCGAGCUGGGCACGGUUACGUACUCGGUGCGAGAUCGCAACCUACGCUCAAGCCAACAGCAUCGUUUCGGGCGCGAACAGAACCGUGAUCCAAUGGAACCGGGCACUCCGAGGAAGAAACGACGUCGUACCGGAACCGAUGGAAGCAAGCGCAAGCACCAUCAUCAGGAUGAUGUCGUCGUUAGCGAGCGCGGACACGUUGACGGUGGUGAUGAUACGGCCAGUUUCAGCAGGUGGAUGAAGAAGACCCGUAACGAGGACGAAGGCACAACGGCUGAUUGGCAAACCCAUCAUCACCGCGCUCAACAUCACCACCAGCAGCAGCAGAAGCAGCAGCAGGAGCAGCAUCAUCAUCAUCACGCUGAGCACCGGCAGGACGAAGGUGACGACGGAAUGAAUUUGCAUUUCCGACCGGAACAUAAAGCACGAGCCCGGGAAGCGCACCCGGCGGGUCUGGUACCUGUUGAGGAUGCGACAGAAAGCAUCUACCACGGAUCGGAACACCAUCACCGGGUGGCUCGGGCGGCUACGGCGAAAAAGGAGCGCAUCUGGGACUUUGGCGUCAUACCGUACGAGAUCGAUGGCAACUUCAGCGGGAUGCACAAGGCGCUCUUUCGGCAGGCGAUGCGCCACUGGGAAAACUACACCUGCAUCAAGUUCGUCGAGCGCAACCCAAUCGACCACCCAAACUACAUCGUCUUCACCGAGCGUGCCUGUGGCUGCUGCUCGUUUGUCGGCAAACGUGGCAAUGGACCGCAGGCGAUUUCGAUUGGCAAGAACUGCGACAAGUUCGGUAUCGUCGUGCACGAGCUGGGCCACGUGGUGGGUUUCUGGCAUGAGCAUACGCGCCCGGACCGGGAAAACCAUGUCGUGAUUGAGAAGAACAACAUCGUGGUCGGGCAGGAGUACAACUUCAACAAGCUGACGGAGGACGAGGUCAACUCGCUGGGGCUGCCGUACGAUUACGACUCGAUAAUGCAUUACGCGCGCAACACGUUCUCGAAGGGCACCUACCUGGACACGAUCUUCCCGAUCGAGAUGCCGGGCCGGAAGCGGCCCGAAAUUGGCCAACGGUUGCGGCUCAGCGAGGGCGAUAUCGCGCAAGCCAACCUGCUGUACAAGUGCGCCAAGUGUGGCCGGACGUUUCAGGAAAAUUCGGCCAGCUUCACCUCACCAUCGUACCACUCGACCUCACCGCCAACCGAACCGGAACGCUGCGAAUGGCGCAUCACGGCCACGCACGGCGAACGGAUUGUGCUCAACAUCACCGAUCUGGAUAUUUACAAAACGAACAGCUGCCGGUCGGACUAUCUGGAAAUUCGGGACGGCUACUGGCACAAGUCACCCAUCCUCGGAAAGUUCUGCGGUUCCGGCAAGGUGAACGAGCUGAUCCGUUCCACUGGCAGCCGCAUGCUGCUCACGUACACGACCACCUUCCGGCAGGCGUCGAUGCGGGGCUUUGCCGCCAACUACGAAGCGGUGUGCGGUGGCGAUAUGAACCUCGAAUCUGGCGGGCGCCUGGAAUCACCGAACUACCCCGUCGACUAUCUGCCGAACAAGGAGUGCAUCUGGCGGAUAACCGUCCCCAAGGACUACCAAGUCGCACUAAAGUUUCAAUCGUUUGAAGUGGAAAACCACGAUAGCUGCAUUUACGACUACGUCGAGGUGCGCGACGGUGGCACGGCGGACUCGCGGGUUAUUGGUGUCUUCUGUGGCUACAAAAUACCGCCCGAUAUGAAGUCAACCUCUAACAAGCUGUUUGUGAAGUUCGUAUCGGACAGCUCGGUGCAGAAGGCCGGAUUUUCGGCCACUUUCAUGAAGGAGGUGGACGAAUGCGAACACAUGGACCAUGGUUGUGAGCACGAGUGCAUCAACACGCUCGGGGGCUACGAGUGUGCGUGCUACAUCGGGUACGAGCUGCACAGCGAUAAGAAAUCCUGCGAAAAUGCGUGCGGAGGCCAGCUGGACACGCCAAAUGGAACGAUCCUUUCGCCGUCCUUCCCGAAGGAGUACCCCAUCAUGAAGGAGUGCGUGUGGGAGAUUGUGGCCCUGCCGCAGCACAAAAUUACGCUCAACUUCACGCACUUCGAUCUGGAGGGCAACACCUUCUACCAGGCGUCCGAGUGCGAGUACGAUUACGUGGCCGUCCUGUCGAAAAGUCCGGACGGAACGCUCCACAAGCAUGGUUCGUACUGUGGCUAUAACGUGCCGACACCGAUCACGUCCGAGUGGAACAUCCUGCGGGUGGUGUUCAAGUCCGAUAAAACGAUCCAAAAGACGGGCUUUGCGGCGGUGUACUUUACCGACAUCGAUGAGUGUGCCGUCAAUAAUGGUGGGUGUCAGCAGGAGUGCAAGAAUACGGUCGGAUCGUACGUGUGCUCCUGCCGGAAUGGUUACACGCUGCACGAUAAUGGCCACGAUUGCAAGGAGAGUGGUUGCAAGCACGAGAUCUUCGCACCGCACGGUCAAAUCCUGAGCCCGAACUAUCCGGAUUACUAUCCGCCGAAGAAGGACUGCAUCUGGCAUUUCACGACGACGCCCGGGCACCGGAUACGGUUGGUGUUCAACGUAUUCGAUAUCGAACCCCAUCAGGAAUGCGCGUACGAUCACAUCGUUAUCUACGACGGAAACUCCCCGGACAGUCACACUUUGGGACGGUUCUGUGGUGCCAAAAUUCCACACCCAAUCUCGUCCUCGUCCAACCAGAUGUACAUGGUGUUCAACACGGACACGAGCGUACAGCGGAAGGGCUUUUUCGCGAGCCACUCGACCGCUUGUGGUGGCCGGCUGAAGGCAACCGAGGUUAAGAACCAUUUCUACUCGCACAUCAAGUUUGGCUCGGGCAUGUACGACAACGGUGCGGACUGCGAGUGGACGAUCGUGGCCGAUUCCGGCCAAAACGUGCAGCUUAAGUUUCUGAGCUUCGAGCUGGAGGAGGAGAAGAUGUGCUCGUACGACUACGUGGAGGUGUACGGUGGACUGGACGAUGAAAGUGGACCCCUGCACGGGAAGUAUUGCGGCAAUGCGAACCCACCGGAAAUUAUAUCGAUGCAUGAGGCGCUGAUGGUGCGGUUCCGCUCGGACGAUACGGUUGGGUUCAAGGGGUUCUCAGCGGCGUACGUGGCCAUCAAGUCGAACGACGAUGUCCUGACCACCGACGAAGAAGGUUCUGAUAGCUCCGAUAUCAUCCCGUUUCCCGGUUCACUAAAAACAGUGUUCAUCAAACAGGGCGAAGAUAUGGACGAGGAGGAGGACGACGAUAUCGAUUAUGAGAUCUACCCGAGCCGGCCGGCCAACAGUAAGGUGCACAUCGCGGUGCACAACGAAAUACGCUCGUCUCAGGCGAUUGACUGA